AUGCCCAGUCUAUCGGGGAGUGUGAAUGGCCCUAAAGCACGUACAAAGACCUUCACUGGUUGUUGGACGUGCCGUGCUCGCCGAGUCAAGUGCGAUGAUGAACACCCACACUGUCGUCGCUGUCGCCGGAGCGGCUGGCAAUGCCAGGGCUAUGGACUGCGGCUGGGAUGGUCCCAGACCCCAGGGAUACGCUCUAAUCGCCGCCAGUUAUGGUCUUUGACUCCACAAUCAAGGCAUGGCCUAUCUUCGGCUGCCGUGACAGCGCUCUUGGCCGAGUUAGACGGCUGCUCAGGAGAUGGUAACCCCCAGCAACGAGGGCCUUUUUCGGUGUUUUCCGCAUUGCCACACUCUUCGCCUCGAGGCCCAUCUUCUCUCAGUCCCAUACUUGAUAACACGUCUGAGUCGCACGAUGGGGAACAGACACAGGGCAACAGUAUUUCACACCUGGCCGAGUUGUCAAUCGGUAACCUCCAACAUGUGAAUGAGCGUUUUGACAGACCCGACUCGGCGCCUUUGCCUUGCGAUAUCCCCUUGGCAUCGGUCUUAGAUCAAGACCAGGGGCGCACACUUGAAUGUUCCGAUCCCGUCAACCAGCCUGAUGAUCAUCUUGUCGUGAUACACUCCGUGGCCGACUACUCAAGUCCCAGCGCUGGCGAUAGUGUCGUCGCGGGUAGAGGCGAACCAGGCCGUCGGCUUUCGCGAGAACAGCGGAGGAACAAUGAUGGUUUUAUCCCCAAACCUAUGGAUCCCCUGCACCUACCGAGGCAAGAGACAGAAUUAGUCCACCACUGGGUCAUCUUCCUGAGCGGAAAUAUGCUACUCAUCGACACCCCCGACAACCCAUGCCGCACUGUGUUUAUGCCAAUGGCCCUAAAAGGGUUGGAAGCCUCUCCAACUGAACCCAACAUCCAUCUCUCGAUUUUCCACGCUAUCUGUGCUUCCUCCGCUUUCAGCCUCUUUCACCUCGGCCAUGACCCCCGCUAUCAAUCUCUCGCGGUGCACCAUGAUCAUCUCGCUCUGCGUCACCUGCGUCAGAAUUUACAGCGAGCACAGCGAAUGAAUGAAUGCACUUUGGCUGCCGUGCUCACCUGCAUCACGGUCGAAGCUAUGUCUGGACGACGAAGCCGGUGGCGAACCCAUGUAGCGGGUGGACUCGGUCUUCUCGAGAAUGAGAUCCAUGACGGCUGGAUCCGAAGCCCAAUCGCCUCUCGCCUGCUUCAAAGCUACCUGUCCCUUUCAUCACUCUGCAGUCUGCCCGUGUCGACACAGCUGAUGUCACUAUUGAAUGGUCCUUCAGAUCUCCGCCACUAUCUAGAGCGGUCGCAUGGCAUCACAACACCUUUAGUUCAGUUUCUGGCUCAUAUCACCACCCUCAGUGAUUCUCGGCCCGAGGUCCCUGCUGGGGACUUGGACAAGCUCGAAUUACAACUGUAUCUCAGUUUCCCAAGCCUAUCCAAUCCCGACGCACCGGGGUCGGUCAUUAUCCAGCAUGCUCUGAACUCCUUUUACUACGCCACCAUAAUCUAUUUCCGCCGAACACUACGUCGGGUGCCACUAUCCGAUGUGCAAGACCUGGUUGACAAAGCCGUUGCCGAGCUGGAAGCAGCGGAUGCCCUGACGCACGAGAAAGGUGGUUGUGCCUACAACUGGGCGAUUUUUGUGGUUGCCGCCGAGUGCGAGCGGCAGGACCUCCAAGCGCGCAUGCGUGCCUUGUUUGAUCGGAAGAGCCGCCAUGGCAUCCAGAACAUCAAUGUCCUUUGUGAGAUUGUCCAGACGCUGUGGCAUCGGCGGGCAGUGGCUGGGCCACAUGCUGAUGUUCAGUGGCAGGAAAUUGCGAUGAAGGCUGACUUUGAUAUUAUGCUUGUGUAG